GUGGAAAGCGCUUCCCGGUUGUGGUGCCAGGCUCCUCGGCUCCGGUCUCCUCCAUUCACCGGAGAUACCUGUGCCAAGAUAAAAAACAAACAAACAGAAAAACCGAGAGACACCUGAAGUAGCAGAGGAAGAGCCGCGCGGUUUGUUGCUUCGUGUGUUUUCAGAGAGGUAGCCGGUUGAAACAGCCGCUAACUGCUGCCAACCAUGGAGACUUACGGCAACUCGAACAAGAAGCAGAAGCUGAGCAACGCUCCCGAGAGCUGGGGAAUGCAACGUGCAACUAAUGUCACCUAUCAAGCUCAUCACGUCAGCCGAAACAAGCGUGGCCAGGUUGUGGGCACGAGAGGAGGCUUCAGGGGGUGCACUGUUUGGCUGAGUGGUUUGUCUGGUGCAGGGAAGACCACAGUGAGCAUGGCUCUGGAGGAGUACCUGGUGUGUCACGGCAUCCCCUGCUACACACUGGACGGGGACAACAUCCGCCAGGGGCUGAACAAAAACCUCGGCUUCAGCCCAGAGGACCGUGAAGAGAACAUUAGGCGCAUUGCUGAGGUGGCCCGGCUUUUUGCUGAUGCUGGGCUGGUCUGCAUCGCCAGCUUCAUCUCUCCCUACAGCAGGGAUCGUCUCAACGCCAGGAAGAUCCACGAGGCUGCAGGGCUGCCUUUCUUUGAGGUGUUUGUGGACGCUCCACUGGAUGUCUGCGAGCAGAGGGACGUGAAGGGGCUGUACAAGAGAGCCAGGGCGGGGGAGAUAAGAGGUUUCACUGGAAUUGACUCAGAGUACGAGAAGCCCGAGGCUCCAGAGCUGGUGCUGAAGACCGACUCCUGCAGCGUGAAUGAGUGCAUACAGCAGCUUGUUGACCUGCUUCAGGAGAGGGAUAUAGUUCCUGUUGAUGCAUCUUAUGAAGUGAAAGAGCUGUACGUUCAGGAGAAUAAACUGGACCUGGCGAAGGCUGAUGCAGAGACUCUGCCUGCUGUACAGAUUGGGAAGGUGGACAUGCAGUGGGUGCAGGUGCUGGCUGAAGGCUGGGCCACUCCUCUGAAUGGCUUUAUGAGAGAGAGAGAGUAUUUGCAGUGUCUUCACUUUGACUGUCUGCUGGAUGGUGGCGUCAUCAACCUGUCGGUGCCUGUGGUGCUGCCGGUGUCGACUGCGGACAAAGAGCGUUUAGAUGGCGUGACGGCUAUGGCUUUGGUCUACGAGGGCAGACGAGUGGCCAUCCUUCGCAACCCCGAGUUUUAUGAACACCGCAAAGAGGAGCGAUGUGCUCGCCAGUGGGGCACCACCUGCAAGGACCACCCUUACAUCAAGAUGGUGAUGGAAAGCGGGGACUGGCUGGUCGGGGGAGACCUGCAGGUUCUGGACAGGAUCUGCUGGAAUGACGGACUGGACCAGUACCGGCUUACGCCCACUGAGCUCAAACAGAAGUUUAAAGAAAUGAAUGCAGACGCCGUAUUUGCCUUCCAGCUCCGCAACCCAGUCCACAACGGCCAUGCCCUCCUGAUGCAGGACACCCACAAGCGUCUGAUCGAGCGGGGCUACCGCCGGCCCGUCCUGCUGCUCCACCCGCUGGGAGGCUGGACCAAGGACGACGACGUGCCGCUGCCGUGGCGAAUGAAGCAGCACGCCGCUGUGCUGGAGGAGGGCGUCCUGAAUCCCGACUCCACCAUCGUGGCUAUCUUUCCCUCGCCCAUGAUGUAUGCCGGGCCAACUGAGGUUCAGUGGCAUUGCAGAGCUCGAAUGGUGGCCGGAGCCAACUUCUACAUCGUGGGCCGCGACCCCGCAGGCAUGCCCCACCCUGACACUGGAAAGGACCUGUACGAGCCCACCCACGGGGCCAAGGUCCUCACCAUGGCCCCAGGCCUCAUCACCCUGGAGAUCGUCCCCUUUAAAGUCGCUGCUUACAACAAGGUCAAAAGAGCGAUGGACUUCUACGACCCCAAAAACCAUCAAGAUUACGAUUUCAUCUCAGGCACACGUAUGCGGAAGAUGGCCCGCGAGGGGGAGAAUCCCCCCGACGGCUUCAUGGCGCCGAAGGCUUGGGCCGUGCUGAAGGAAUACUACAAGUCUCUGGAGAAGGCCUAAAGGUCGCAGAAACACGCUGGUUUCAAAUGACGAAUGUGGGGACCACUCAUCAUCUCCCGUGAAAAUCCACGCUCUGGCUUCUGUCUGUGGCACCUGUACACUCAGCUGUUUUAGUCUUACCAUGUUUGUGUUUUAACUCUGUGUCUUUCACGUACUUUAACUUACUCUGUGAAAUAUACUGUAGUAGAAGAGGUCAGAGAAGAAAUGAAAAAAGAUCCUCCAAGGUAGACGUUUGUGUUUCUCACUAACUUUAUAACUGUAUAUUCUGAUGACUGCUCACAGAAAUCUUGUGUAAAAAAAAAAAAGGCUUGUUAUGACCUCAAUGGAAA